AUGGGAGUGUUAACUAUACUUUUAGUAGCUGUUGUUGGAACUGUCUACGGAUAUGGCUAUGGCGGUGGUAGAGGAGGAGGUGGUGGGGUCAUCGCUCUUGGUGGAGGCGGUGGAGGCGGAAGUGGUGGCGGAGGAUUAUUUCUAGGUGGAGGCGGUGGUGCUGGCGGUCUUAUAGAAGGAGGAGGCGGUGCCGGUGGCCUCAUUGGAGGAGGUGGUGUUGCUGGAGGUUUAAUCGGAGGAGGAGGCGGCUAUGGAGGUUGGGCUGGACCAGAACUGAAUGCUCCACAGUUACCUGAACUUGUUUACACCUAUUUCAUUUAA